AUGGCCGAGAACUUACCUAUUGAUAUUCAUUCCGCCAAGUUAUUGGAUUGGCUUAUAAGUCGACGACAUUGCAACAAACACUGGCAGAAAGAUGCUCUUGUGAUCAGAGAAAAGAUUAAACAUGCCAUACAAGAUAUGCCCGAAAAUGACAGAAUAAUUAACUUACUACAAGGAAGUUAUAUCAAUUACUUCCAUUGUGUUGAGAUUAUCGAUAUCUUGAAGGAGACAGAGAAAGAUAGCAAGAAUUUCCUUGGUUUCUACUCAUCACAACGCAUGAAAGAUUGGCAGGAAAUUCAAUCGUUGUACAAAAAAGAUAAUGUAUAUCUAGCUGAAUCAGCUCAAAUGCUCUCUCGCUUGAUCAUGUUUGAUAUUCCUGGCCUGAAAAGAACUCUAUUGAAAUCCAAUAAUGCCAUUGAUGAUGCAGUUAAAAAAGAGAAAGAGUAUCUGAAACAGAGUGAAGAUGCCAGAAACAAUUACAAGAAGGAGUUGAAGAAGUUAGGUCUCAAAGGAGAAGCCCUUCGCCGAGAGUUUCUCGAGCUCGCUUCUGAUGUGCCUUCUUUGUGUGGCGAAAUUUCGAACAAUAUUAUCUCGCUUAAUGAAGCUUGUCAGUAUUAUUCCAAGUUCAGAGAUUAUCUUGUUUCCGGAACAUCAACUAAAAUCUUACCUAUGCUGAACUUCCUCAACGAGAAAGGUGUCGACGUCACAACAUUUGAAUGGACUUAUGGAACUGCUCCAGAACGUGUUGAGCCUGUGAACUUCGAUCUUCUGAUUAAAGCAGAUAUGGAAACCAACUCAGCAGAUGACGAUGAUGAGAUUGACUUCGGUGAUGACGACGAAAUCGACUUCGGAGGAGAUGACAUUCAAAUUGAUAUCAUAGGGGACGACACUCAAGGUAACACCAAUACGGUUGCUCGUGGUGAGGAGGCUAUGAGCCUUGUUGAGAACUUGAAAACUCAAAAGCAAUUGAAAGUAGAGUUGAACGAGCUCUUAAGUUUCUUGUCCAUGAGAAGAGAAGACGAGGCCAGAGAAACGGCUGUUGACCUUCUGAUUCGAAACACUGAACAACGACCUGUCGACUUAAGUAAAGUCUCUGUAGAUCAAAUGGAUAAAUGGAUGAAGAAGAUUAGAGACGUUUUAGAGAAGUUGAAUAACAAGCAAACUCAACACCUCUUCAACAUUCGAUCUUCUCCCCAAUUUGUGGAAAAAUUAGUCACUGAUUUACAAGUUAAAGAAUCCCUUGAAGGUCGUUGCAAAAAGAUGGCAGACCUCCAAGUCCAAGAACAAGAGUCUAUGCGAGACCAGGUUCAACAGAGUAGCAUCCAGCAGAAGACUGUUAUUGAAAGCACAAGACAGUUACAGAAGCAGAUUGAGUCGGAGAUUUCUCAGAAGUAUAACGGUCGUCGUGUCAAUAUCAUGGCCGGUGUCAACAGUGUCGCCUAA